UUUCUAGAAAACUGUGGGUCUAGAGAAUUCUAUGAAAAAGUAGAUAUAUACCAUGAAACUCAGAGGGAAAUUCAAAGCAAGGAGCGAGGGGGUACUGUGGUGUACCUGGAGAAAGAAGAAAUAAGGUGUAUUUGCUGUGCCAACGAUAUUUUGGGAAACUAAGAUAUUUUACGACAUGAACAGACUUCCGCAUAUGGCGCCUGUCAUGCGUAAUGCCCCAACAUUUCGAGGGAGUCUUGACUAUGAUGUUCACGGAAAAAAUUGUGCAGACAUCUUCUGUGUCCUGCCACAAUGCGUGAACUUUAAGUUGCGAACCAGGCAUGUCAGCACAUCUCGAAAAGACAAACCUGACAGUCAGGCCUGUGGGGCUUCGGCUGACACGACUGCGAACAUCUUGCAGAACAGUAAUAAUGAUAGCAAUGUAGCGUCCUUAGGUCGAGCCAUUCUGGAUCAUGAUGCAGAGAAACAGCUCCUGGAUGAAUUAGAAGAGUAUGAGAGGUUUUUGGAACGACAGGUAGCUGAUAUGGCCCCACAGCCUGGUUUCAGUGGUUGUUUUGGGAUUGAAAAGCAGACAACCUCGUUUCCCCUUUACAACCCAAAAGAGGAUUGUCAAGUUCCUCGACAGACAGAUUCGUUGCACUGUUACAGCCCAAAAAGGGAUGGCCAGACUCCCGGCGAGACAGCGAGAAACCAUCAACCUUAUUCCCGCGAUUACGGCGCAAAAUUUGAGGGGAGGAGAUCUACCUUUAUGAAACCUUCUAAUUCCGCGGUUAGGCUGAAUAAGGAAUCUGACGAAGAUCCUUUCUUUCCAAGUUUCUAUGAGCAGUUUGCAUCAAUAGAUCAAUUUACUGUUCCAGUAAAAAGGUCAGGGGACAUUCAUGCUGCUAAACGCACGCGGAGAGAUUCCUCUAUGACGAAAACCAUGCCAGUACCAGCCACCAUCGUGCGGGAGAAGACUGCUUGCCACUUCUCGAGCGCCUCAGAGCAAUUUCUUGGCACACAUUCCGACCCUAGCCGAAUGGUGUUUGGAAUCCUCGCGCAGAUAUUGCAUAUGUUUGAAAAACCCAUGUCUGCUGAAGCUGAAACAUUUUUUGUCCAUGUUCUUCAAAAGGCACUCAGAGAGAUACAGAAUGUAAAGUCACGAGAGAGCAUCAAGUGAGUUUACUAUAGACCCCGCGGCAAGAGUUUGUAAUAUGAAGUUGUAGAUUACUGAUAUAUUUUCAUUGUUCUUGAUGAGAUUGGAGACUCCGGUUCGAUCUGUACCAAUGUGUCAAUUUUUUUCGUUCGCGAAAUCUUGAAAAUAUUUUUUGUAAAUUGUAAA